AUGCUCUCGCCCGAGGGCCUGGCGAUGAGGAAAGUAACGCUCGAGGGCUACUCCGUCCCCGUGGCUCUACGCCUGCUCGACCGGCGCCAGCAGCAGCAGCAGCAGCAGCCGCUUGAAGAAAGGCACAAGAGCAGCAGGACCACCACCGCGGGCGGAGGAGCAUCAGGAGAAGGCAUCAUUUCUCCGUUGCUGGCGAUCACCUGGCUCGACAGUGACACCUUCGGCUUCGACCUAAGGGGUGUCACGAGCAUCCGUCGAGGCCACGAGGCUCACGGGAGCGAGGGGGCGGCGGCGGGGCGCAAGAGGAGCAGGGGCGGCGGCGGCGGCGGCGGCGGGAGCUGCCGUAACACAUCGUUGGUGCUGUCGUGGGGUAGUGCGGGGGAAAUAGGGCCGUCCAAGCUCAUCCUGGCUGCGGCAUCGCGGGAAUUGAGAGACCUGGUGAUGCUCACCCUGGAGACGCUAGUGGACGGCCUCCAGGGAGGAGGGGGCGAUCAUGUCUCUGCUGCGGGGGAAGGGGUCGGGAGCACGGCGGCUCCACAUGUUGUACAGCAAGAAAUACAAGUGGGAGGUAGGGAGGGCGAGCAGGCGGGAUCGAGCGACGCCGAACCUGCUGCGCCGACAGCUACUACAACAAGUGCCGCCGCUGACACCGACAGCGACGACGAGGAAGCGGCAGCAGUCCUCGCGAGGUUUGACAACGAUUGUGCCGACCCGGCCUCAUCAGCAAUACGGCACCGCGGCGGCGAUCUCAGGGAGCGCUUGUUUUCCUCCGAUGCCGCUGCCGCCUCUGCCGAGCGAAGCAGCCGCCGGCGAGCCAGCCUCGGCUUGCACAGGCGCGGGGUAUCCUUCAGUUCCGCCGGCGCCGACAAGGCAGCGAGUGUUGUUCAUGGUCUUGAGCGCGCUAGGACCGUAGGGGCGUCGGUGAUUGGGCGAGAGAGCGAUGCGGGUCUGGUGCUGGAGCAGGAGCUGGAGGCGAGGCGGAGGAGGGAGGAAGCCAUGGCGAGGCUGCUGGCGGUGUACGACAGGGCUAGGGAUGAGACACACGCGGCGGCGUGCCGGCUGGGGGCCUUGAAGCUGAAGCGGCUUCUGUCGGGGGCGGCGACGCGUCAGAUGGAGAAGUGCUGGACUCGGUGGUGCGGCGGCGUGCGGCAGGCCAACGAAGCCAGGCAGAGGGCGGACCGGCGGCUGUGGCACCUGCACGCCAAGGCUAACCAGAACAACGACCUGCUGGCCUGGUACCACGCCACCUUCUGCCGAGAGGUCUACCGACGAAGAGUGCCGUUCUGGUUCCGCGAGACGAACCUGAGGCCGUACCAGAAGGCUUACCGCAUCGUGGACGACGGGGAUUCGUACACACCCAUGGAGAGGAGCAUCAUGACCUCCUGCGUCUGCACGGUGGGCACCAAGUACGCGGACGUGGCUGCCCAACUCUUCACCGCCAAGGACGUCCUCUCCCCCGAGGAGUACAGACUGUUCCAGGUGCUCGUCAAGCGCGGCGCCGAAGUCCCCAAGGCCGCGCCAAAGUCCGGCCGCAAGCUGUCCCACCCCAUGAAGCUCAGGCUGUGGUUCAACCGGGGCGCGCUCUGCCUGACUGCAAAGCACCUUCCCGGGGCGGCGGGCGCGGCGGCGGCGGGGUCCCGGCGCGGCAGUAGUCUGGAGGAGAACACCGCUCACGACGAGGCAGACAGGGGAGCCGGUGGCGGGAACUCCAGAAGCCUCCACGGCAGCGGUGGUGGCGGUGGGUCGGUGCCGCCGCCGCCAUCCGGCAAGGGUCAACGCCCGGAUGGUGAUGGUGAUGGUGAUGGUGAUGGUGAUGCCAGCGGCGUUGUAAGGGCGGGGGAGGAUUGGAGCUCCCAGCACGCGUGCGUGAUGUCGAUCCACUUCUUUGGCCGGACGAUUACGCUGGACCUGUGGUUCGCCAGCGAAACCGAGGCGGUCGAGUGGCAGGGAAUGCUGACCAAGCUGUCCUGGAAGGAGCAAGGCUAUCUAUACGGGCCCCCGUCAGGAGACUCGGGUGGGGGAGGGGGCCACGCGGGAGGGCAUACCCGUGAGGUUGCGCCGGGGGGGAGGCGUGACGCGGAGGGGGGUCACGGGGAUAGAACAAGUGGGCGCGGCGGCGGCGGCGGCGGUGGCGGUGGCAUGGAUGGGAGCGGAGCGAGGGGGGCGGCGCCAGCAAAUACGAGAUCGACGAGCUGUUGGUGGUCCACUCACGGGCCAAGGGCGCCGCCCCUUUACGUGCUACCAGAACAUGCUUGCUGCGCGUGGCUCAUUCGCCGCGGGUGUCGCAGAUAA